AUGUUGUUGGCAACACGAAUCUCCGUCACCAGCUCAAUUCACUCACUCCUAAAGCGCACUCCACGUUCCCUUUCGUCUCCCAAACAAUCCCUGAGCAAAUCCAGUGCCUGUCAACUCUGGUCCUCUUCUUUCUCCUUCUGCACUCGUAGCCUCCAUAAGUCCACCUCUACCGCCCCUUCACUCUCUUACUCUUGCUCUUCUCUCUCUGCCCCAUCGAUGGCGGCCGCUGCUGCUGUCGACCCACCACCCAUCGGUGUCAACCCUCUUUUACAAGACUUUGAAUUCCCCCCGUUCGAUGUCGUCGAGGCCAAGCACGUCUGCCCCGGGAUCCGUGCCAUCUUGAAGAAGCUUGAGGAGGAUUUGGUAGAAUUGGAGCGCAGAGUGGAGCCUUCAUGGCCGAAGUUGGUUGAGCCAUUGGAGAAGAUUGUAGACCGGUUGUCUCUGGUCUGGGGGAUUGUUAAUCAUCUCAAGAGUGUAAAGGAUUCUCCUGAGCUCCGUUCUGCCAUUGAAGAAGUUCAGCCCGAGAAAGUUAAAUUUCAGCUGAGAUUGGGACAAAGUAAACCAAUUUACAAUGCGUUUAAAACUAUCCAAGAAUCUCCUGAUUGGCAGUCACUGAACGAUGCUCGUAAACGUAUUGUGGAGGCCCAAAUAAAGGAAGCGAUUCUUAAUGGUGUUUCUCUCGAAGAUGAUAAAAGGGACCAAUUUAACAAAAUCGAACAGGAAUUGAAAAGAUUAUCUCAAAAAUUUGAGGAGAAUGUUUUGGAUGCCACAAAGAAGUUCGAAAAAUUAAUUACAGAUAAGAAAGAAAUUGAAGGAUUGCCCGCAACUGCACUUGGAUUGGCUGCACAAAAGGCAGUGUCUAAGGGUUAUGAAAAUGCUACUGCUGAGAAUGGGCCUUGGAUAAUAACAUUGGAUGCUCCUAGUUUUAUGUCUGUUAUGCAACAUGCUCGAAAUCGGUCUUUGCGUGAAGAAGUAUACCGUGCUUAUGUAGCUCGUGCAUCUAGCGGAGAUUUGGAUAAUACAGUGAUAAUUGAACAGAUUUUGAAGCUUAGGUUGGAAAAGGCUAAGCUUCUAAAUUACAAUAAUUAUGCUGAGGUAAGCAUGGCAACUAAAAUGGCUACGGUUGAAAAGGCAGAAGAGCUUCUGGAAAAACUUCGUACUGCUUCCUGGAAUGCUGCAGUUCAAGAUAUGGAUGACAUAAAAAAUUUCUCCAAGAAUCAGGGUGCAGUAGAAGCUGACAAUUUGAACCAUUGGGACAUAAACUUUUGGAGUGAAAGGCUUCGCGAGUCAAAGUUUGACAUCAAUGAGGAAGAACUACGUCCUUUUUUCUCCUUGCCAAAGGUUAUGCAUGGCCUUUUUAACCUUGCAAACAAAUUGUUUGGAAUUGAUAUCGAGCCAGCUGACGGUCUAGCUCCGGUUUGGAACAAUGAUGUUAGAUUCUAUCGGGUCAAAGACUCUUCAGGUAGUCCUAUUGCAUACUUCUAUUUUGAUCCGUAUGCUCGACCAUCUGAGAAAAGAGGAGGUGCAUGGAUGGAUGAGGUUGUUGGUCGAAGUAGUGUGUUAGCACGUGAUGGUGCCUCUGCAAGGUUGCCUGUUGCCCACAUGGUGUGCAAUCAAACACCUCCAGUGGGGAAAAAACCAAGCCUAAUGACUUUCCGUGAGGUUGAGACUGUCUUCCAUGAAUUUGGUCAUGCGCUUCAGCAUAUGCUGACCAAACAAGAUGAGGGUCUAGUUUCUGGUAUCCGGGGGAUAGAGUGGGAUGCUGUUGAGUUACCUUCUCAGUUCAUGGAAAACUGGUGUUACCACAGGGAUACUUUGAUGAGCAUUGCAAAGCAUUAUGAAACUGGGGAGAGUCUUCCUGAAGAAGUAUAUUUAAAGCUCCUUGCGGCUAGGACUUUUCGUGCUGGCUCACUAAGUCUUCGUCAGAUAAGGUUUGCAAGCUUGGAUUUGGAGCUGCAUACAAAGUAUGUUCCUGGUGGGACAGAAUCCAUAUACGAUGUUGAUCAGAGGGUCUCUGAACGAACUCAAGUGAUCCCUCCGCUAGCUGAAGACAGGUUCCUUUGCGGUUUCACCCAUAUAUUUGCAGGAGGAUAUGCAGCUGGAUACUACAGUUACAAGUGGGCUGAGGUGUUGUCAGCAGAUGCCUUCUCUUCAUUUGAGGAUGCUGGACUGGAGGACAGCAAGGCUGUGAAAGAAACAGGGAACAAAUUCCGGGAGACUAUCCUUGCGCUUGGAGGUGGCAAAGCACCUCUAGAGGUAUUUGUAGAAUUCCGUGGACGCGAACCAUCACCAGAGGCACUGCUCAGGCACAACGGACUAUCGCCGGUCUCGGCCUCUGCAUGACAUUGUUGUCAGAAACAACAUGAAGGCUUGAUUUUGUUUGAUCUUUCUACACCACACCACCCCAAAGGAAAUUCCCAGCAUUAAAUUCUGGAGCCAUUGCCUCUCCCAACUGGGAUGAUAUUGAUUGUAAAGGCUGAAAUGAAUUGCCAAUUCAUGUUUCUUAGUUAAAUAUCAAUAUCAUGGACGUUAUUUUCUUGUUUCA